AUGCCGCAAAAUCGUUUCGACACCCUCGUCGAUGAGCUUGCAGAGGCAAAUAACUUCACAGGAAUCACCACCAAUCACUUGACGAUAGAAUAUACGAAAUCUUCCACUGCCCAUCAUGCCAUAUGCAAGAAAACAAAUAAUCAUACGAAUCGGACCAAUUGUGUCAUUAAAGGCACAUGCAAAUGUAAUCCAGCCGAAGAUUCCAUUACUUGCUAUUGCACCAACAAUAACAUUACAGAAAACACACAGCUUUCCGAAUUGCUACCCAUGCCCAUACCAAAUGGAUUAAUCACAGCAGAAAAACACCACAACAUUCCAACAAUAAGAACUAGUGCCCUUUCAGCGGAAAUCAUGCUUUCACUAAGCCCCAACAUAACAUCUAUUGCACAAAACAUUCAAAAUUUCAAUUGCCGUAUUCUUCAUAACCUUGUUGGAUGUUAUAAUUGCAUCAAAGGUGCUGUGGCCACUAUAUUCUGCGAGUCCGACCUCCCACAAGCCACUGCGCAGAUAAUCUGUGGUCUACAACAAUUUACCGUCACUUGCACAAACUACGGCAAAUAUAAGCACAUACUUUUAUUCUUUAACAAAGCAAGAAUAAACGAGCAAUGCCAGGCCCACUGCGGUACACACACAACUAUUUUCCAACUCCAAGGAACAUUGAACUACAUAAACACUAUUCGACCCCUAUGGCACUACAUGAGACUUUGGAACAACGCUAAUGCAACAGAUUCCUCCUCCAACAUCGACAUCGCUCUCCCGGACUUCUCACAUUUCAUUCACACCUGUAAACAAUUUCUGCUCUAUAGCCUUACAAUUCUUACCAUUCUUCUCAGCGCGCUCAUGAUCAGCUACACUCUAUUUUGCUCUCAUCCUUCACAUUCCUCUAAACGAACUUCCACCUUCAAUAACAUAAUUUCGGUCAUUCCCCCUCUUAGAAUCUUACUUACUCUUCUUACACUUAUCCGCUGCUUUCCAUCUCAUAAUCCUACUCGCCCGCAUUCCGAUACGCCUUCUCGCGUCAUCUCGUUUCGUCAAGCACUGAAAGGAGGACGAACACGUGGAUGUCGAUCAACAGCUCGUUGCCAAAAGCUGGUCAACAUUUCGCUGUUUCCUCGCAGCCCCAAACAUCUAUGA